AUGGAGAAUGAGUCAAACUUUGACCAGAGCAGACCACCGAGUCAAAGUCUGAGCCUGAGCCAGACUCUGAGAUCUGGCGGGAAACGGUCCUUCUAUCGCAAUUUGGCAGUCAAUUUGGCAAACACCGCAGUGACAAAAGGUAACAACAUCAUUCAAAAAAAUCCGGGAAGUAAACGGGCAAUUGCAGCUGGUACUGCAUCCACCAUAUUGGAGAUGGGUAUUGAUCGUUACGGUAAUUUGGUAGAUGAUUCAUCAAGGUCACUACCAUCAUCGAUGGGUCGUCAUGGAUCGGUUGAUCUAACAGAAGAACAGAUUAAUCAUAUAGCCUCAAUGGCUGAAUCUGCAGAUGAAGCAAAGAGUCCAAAGCAAAGUAACACACAACAUUUUGCAGAUAAAUUGAUUGAAAAACUCUUACGCUCUAGCUUACCUGACGAAGUACCCGAAAAAGAACUAUUUGAAGAACGAUUGAAUAACCCCGACCGCGUGAAAAGGCCUGGGUUGUCCUUUCCCAUAUUGAUUUCUAAUUUGAAGCAAUUGGGCUCAAAGAUGACCAACUUGUUUGCUUUGCAAUACGAAAUAAUCAACAUUGUUGCUUGGAGAAAACCAAACAAGACAUUGAGUGUGUUGGUUCUUUACACUGCAGCUUGUAUGUGGCCACACUUGAUACUCGUUUAUCCAUUACUCUUUGUCUUAUUUGGCAUGUUGCUUCCAGGAUACACACAUCGUCACCCUCCUCGUAGGCCUGACUUGAUCAAAGUGAAAAGCAGAGGUCAGUCUCUCUUUAAAUUUUUGAAUGCUACUGAAGAAACAAGCAUUGUUGAAGAUUUAGUCGACACGGAGUACUUGAAAGAAGAUGCAGACAUUGCCGACGUUAAUUCUACUUCGUACACAAUGUCCGAAGCCGAAUCAGAUAAUACUAAGGCAUCCACAGCAGUAUCAGUUUCUAGUCAAGGAGGUACCGAGAGUUCAGAGAAACUGGAUAAAAAGAAGGAAGUUUCUAAAAGACGGAAACGUAACCUUGACUUAUUAGUUAACUUGAGAGAUAUGCAAAACUCAAUGACUGAUUUACUUAAAUUGAUUGAAGAGGGUGAAACAUUUUACUACGAAACUGCAGGUUUCAAAGAUGAGCGAUUAUCAACGUUUAUAUUCUAUGGGGUUUUGGUAGCUACAUUUGGUGCUAUUUUCUUUGGUCAAUUUAUCCCUUGGAGACUUAUUUUUAUCCAGAGUGGAUGGAUUGGUUUGACUUUGUGCCAUCCAAAAGUGAAGAAGUUCUUGGUUGACUUUGGUGCAGCUAAAAAGAGAAGAAGCAAGGUUAUUCAAAGGAAUGCAGAAGCAGCUCAAAAAGCUGAUCCAACGGCUGAAACAACUUCAAAUAAAGGGUUGAAACAACUUUUGACUCAGCUUGACAGAAAUGAUAUCAUUGUUGAUGACUCUCCCGAAGUUAGACUUGUUGAAGUUUACGAGCUUGAAAUCAAAAGUAUUUUGCAAAAUGAUUGGAAAUUUUACCGUUAUUCAAAUACCAUCUAUGAUCGUCUGAACAAAAAUAGAUUGUCUGGCAAGCGACCACCAGGAGUAGACCACCUUUCAAAAGUUUUCCCACCUACUGACUGGAAAUUCGACGCCGAGUUUGUAAACAAAUGGGUGUUGGAUACAAACCCGAUGGAUUUUAUAAAACAAAGAACUUUGGAUGCAAGCUUAUUUGUCAUUAAAGAUGAUGAAAAUGAAGGUUGGAUUUACGAUAACAUGAAGAAUGUAGUGAAUCUGGAAAUUGUUUACGAAUUCAGAAGAAGAAGGCUUUAUAGAGAGUGCUUCCGGUAUGGAAAAUCCCAUCGAAAGCCCGCUAUAAAAUAG